AUGUUAGUGGCUUGGCGGCAAUUCUUGUACAUUAUUCGUGCGAGCGGAAGAAGUGCUCAUCGUCCUCCUGGUGCUCGUCCUCUGGGUAGGAGCCAUCAUCCUCUUCUUCAACCGCUGGGGGAAAAUAAGGAUGUUGGAGCCUUACCAACCCAAAUUUCACCAAGAGCACAGGCCAUCUUGUCCUAUGGCAGAUUUGACAUCAGUCAAUCAAGAACUGUUAUGUUCAAAACUAAUGGGCCAUCCAUAUCUGAAGAUGGUUGGAGGGUACAGUUUGGAGAAGCCCUUGCAGACUGGCGCACUCCAGGUAAAGGGAUUAUCAAUCAUGGAGCGGGUUUGAUGGUUAUCGCAAGAAACCUCAAGCGGCCCUUUAAUCCACUUACAAUAACUGGAAUCCCUACCUCGAGGUAG